UCCACACCUUCGUCUCCAUGAGAUCCUGUUCGGAAGAACACAGACUGAGAGAGUCAAUGGCGACCAUGGCAAGCUUCUCAACUCCCUCAUUCUCAUGCCGGUCGUCUCUUCCUCACUUCAAUCCUUGCUCAACUCGACUCAGCUUGACCAUUUUUCAGAAAAAGAACAAAGCUUUUACCUGGCUUCGUGGAUGUAGAACCCUGUUGCUUCCUCUAAGAUGCUCCUCUCAAGAUUCCGAACCGGAACCAAAUACGACGACGUCUUCUUCAUCGUCUCCGUUUUCUUCUCCUUCUCCGAGAGAUUUGUCGUAUAAUUUGUAUAGCGGACUCGGAGCGAUUGGGUUAUUGGAAACGACGUAUUUGACAUACCUAAAGCUCACCAAUUCCAGUGUGUUUUGCCCAAUUGGAGGCGGUUCUUGCAGCGACAUACUCAAUAGCGAUUAUGCUCAAAUUUUCGGUGUUGUUCCUCUUCCAGUUAUUGGAAUGGUUGCAUAUGGAUUAGUUACCGUACUUGGUUUACAGUUUACUCAAAAGAGCUUGCCUUUUGGACUUAACCAAACUGAUGCUCGUUUAGUUUUACUUAGUACUACUACUUCCAUGGCAGCUGCCAGUGGAUACUUCCUUUACAUUUUAAGCACUAAGUUUUCUGGGUCAUCUUGCUCCUAUUGUCUCCUCUCGGCUCUGCUAUCGUUCAGCUUAUUUUUCAUUACUCUUAAGGAUUUUGGGUUGCCAGAGAUUAAAAAAGAAUUGGGUUUACAACUCUUUGUAGCCGGUUUGGUGAUUGUUACUCUGAACUCAUCAUAUACUAACUCUCGUUCUGGUCCCUCAAGCAUGGAUAAUAUUAACCUUCCAUACUUUCCAACUGAGAUAACCUCAGAAUCAACUCCUUUUGCUAUAUCUCUAGCAAAGCAUUUGAAUUCAAUAGGUGCGAAAAUGUAUGGGGCAUUCUGGUGUUCACACUGUUUAGAACAAAAAGAGAUGUUUGGACGUGAAGCAGCAAAGCAUUUGAAUUAUGUGGAAUGCUUCCCUAAUGGAUUCAAAAAAGGAACUUUAAUGGAGAAAUCAUGUGCAGAAGUUGGAAUUGAAGGUUUCCCAACAUGGGUGAUUAAUGGGAAGGUAAGCAUAUCACAUCACAUCACACAUGCCUAUGAUUUUAAUCCAAUAAAAUCUCUUAUCUAUUAUCUACAACAUAAUGGUAUAUCUAUAUCCCCAUUGGACCCUCCCAUUCCAUCCCAUCCCAAAAUUCAGCUCAUCUUUAUCCUUUCAAUAAAAGUGCUGAAUAAAGCUUGUGCAAUUUGGCAGGUUCUGAGUGGUGAGCUAGAAUUUUCAGAGCUUGCAGAAGCAUCGGGUUUCCCAUUAGAUAAAGCUACUCAAUCACCAAAUCUUGUUCAAUGAAGUUAAAGUAACUUAAAACUGUUUCAUCACAUGUAUAAAAUAGACAACAGACUAGUAGAUAAGAGAUAGUGGAUCAAUUUCUUCCUGAUUUAUGAUAAGCCACCUGUCACUUUGCCUGAUAAAAUUAGACAACUUUGCUUGUACAAAGAAACUAUGAAAUUACAAAUAAAAAGAGAUAUCCCAUUAGUACAAA